UGUUGGUGAAGUGGACGAAUGUUUGUACAGGUCAAGAGGUAGUCCAAGAUGGCUGCAGCAUCUUAUGAUCAGCUGCUGAAGCAGGUGGAGGCGUUGAAGAUGGAGAACUCCAACUUGCGACAAGAACUUGAGGACAACUCAAACCACCUUACCAAACUGGAGACAGAGGCCUCUAAUAUGAAGGAGGUGCUGAAGCAGCUACAAGGAAGCAUUGAAGAAGACCCAUCCGAUUCCCAAGGACAAAUCGACAUUUUGGAAAGAAUUAAAGAGAUGAGCCUGGACCCUGGUAGUUUCCCUGGGGUGAAGCUCAGGCCCAAAACCUCCAUGCAGGGCUCCAGCUCGGGGCGCUCCGCCGACAGCAGCCCCAGCCCCAGCCCCAGCCCUGUGGGGUCUUUCCCCAGGAGAGGAGCGGCCAGCGCGGACCGAGACAGCGCCGGGUACCUGGAGGAGCUGGAAAAAGAGAGGUCUCUGUUGAUGGCGGAGCUGGAGAAAGAGGAGAAGGAGAAGGACUGGUAUUACGCCCAGUUACAGAACCUCACCAAGAGGAUCGACAGUCUCCCACUGACAGAAAACUUCUCUCUGCAGACGGACAUGACUCGGCGGCAGCUGGAAUACGAGGCGCGGCAGAUUCGAGCCGCGAUGGAGAAACAGCUGGGCUCCUGUCAGGACAUGGAAAAGCGAGCACAGGUGCGGGUGGCGCGGAUUCAGCAGAUAGAGAAAGACAUGCUGAGGAUUCGCCAGCAUUUGCAGACGCAGGCGGGAGAUUCCGAGGUGAAGCAUGACCCCGUAGCCCAGGCUGAGGGAGCCCAGGCAUCAGGAGACACUGGCAUUGGCACUGCAGGGAGCUCUCAGGGUUCAACCUCUCGGGCGGAUCACGGGGCGGCCAGCGACAUGAGCAGCGGAGGGAACUACUCUGUCCCUCGCAGACUCACGAGUCACCUUGGCACCAAGGUGGAGAUGGUGUAUUCCCUUCUCUCCAUGCUGGGGACUCAUGAUAAAGAUGACAUGUCCCGCACUCUGUUGGCCAUGUCCAGUUCGCAAGACAGCUGCAUUGCCAUGCGUCAGUCGGGCUGCCUGCCCCUGCUCAUACAGCUCCUGCACGGUAACGACAAAGACUCUGUGCUUCUGGGAAACUCUCGGGGAAGCAAAGAGGCUAGGGCCAGGGCCAGCGCAGCCCUGCACAACAUCAUCCACUCCCAGCCCGACGACAAGCGCGGCCGCCGGGAGAUACGAGUGCUCCACCUGCUGGAGCAGAUCAGAGCAUACUGUGAAACCUGCUGGGAGUGGCAAGAGAGCCACGAACGUGGCGUGGAUCAGGACAAGAACCCCAUGCCCUCUCCAGUAGAACAUCAGAUCUGCCCAGCGGUUUGUGUUCUCAUGAAACUGUCUUUUGAUGAAGAACACAGGCAUGCGAUGAAUGAACUAGGUGGACUACAGGCCAUUGGUGAGCUGCUGCAGGUGGACUGUGAAAUUUACGGCCUAACAAGUGACCACUACAGUAUCACUUUGCGACGAUAUGCUGGAAUGGCCCUCACCAAUCUGACGUUUGGGGAUGUUGCCAACAAGGCUACACUGUGUUCCAUGAAAGGGUGCAUGAGAGCUAUGGUAGCUCAGCUGAAAUCGGAAAGUGAAGACUUGCAGCAGGUAAUUGCCAGUGUCUUGAGGAACUUGUCUUGGCGUGCAGAUGUGAAUAGUAAGAAGACGUUGCGAGAGGUUGGCAGUGUCAGGGCACUAAUGGAGUGUGCCUUAGAGGUCCAGAAGGAAUCCACUCUAAAGAGCGUUCUGAGCGCCCUGUGGAACUUGUCUGCUCACUGCACUGAAAACAAAGCAGACAUCUGUGCAGUUUCUGGAGCCCUUGCUUUCUUAGUAAGCACUCUAACAUACAGAAGCCAAACCAACACCCUUGCCAUCAUUGAAAGUGGUGGAGGCAUCUUGAGGAAUGUGUCAAGUCUCAUUGCUACAAAUGAGGACCACAGGCAAAUUCUGAGAGAGAACAGCUGCCUUCAGACACUUCUGCAGCACCUUAAGUCUCACAGUUUGACCAUAGUGAGCAAUGCUUGCGGAACGCUGUGGAACCUCUCCGCCCGAAACGCCAAAGAUCAGGAGGCAUUGUGGGACAUGGGGGCAGUGAGCAUGCUGAAGAACCUUAUCCACUCCAAGCACAAAAUGAUUGCAAUGGGAAGUGCUGCCGCGCUGAGGAACCUCAUGGCCAACAGACCUGCUAAAUACAAGGACGCCAACAUCAUGUCACCGGGAUCCAGCCUGCCGUCUCUGCAUGUCAGAAAACAGAAAGCACUUAUUGAGGAACUGGAUGCGCAACAUCUGUCAGAAACGUUUGAUAACAUUGACAACUUGAGCCCGAAAGCCUCCCAUAGGACCAAACCGAGACACAAGCACAACGGCUAUGGUGAUUACGAUGGUGUCAGCAGGUCAGAGGGCUAUAGCCCUAAUGGUGUUGGGGUUCGGUCCCCUUACAUGAACACUCCAGUGCUCUCCAGUCCGUCGCCUCGUGAGAAUAGGGGCAACGCAGAAGGUGUCAGGCCAGAGAGAGACAGGAGCCUGGAUCGAGAGCGGAGAGGGGCGUUCCACCCAGAAUCUGAAUCGGCCAAGAGGAUGGGAAUGCAGAUUCCCACCACAGCUGCACAGAUUGCACUGGUAAGGGAAGAGGUACAAGGCAUGCACUUAGGGUUGGAGGAUAGAACCGCCGGAUCUACCCCCGAUCCUCACUGCGUCCAAGAUGAUGUGAGUGGCAUCAGACGUCAGGCUCCUGUCCACGGCCACUCCAACAUUUACAACUAUGGCAAACAAGAUCUCCCUGGUAGGCCUUGCCCAAUGCCCAAACUGGAGUACAGAGCUUCGAAUGACAGUUUAAACAGUGUAAAUAGCACAGAUGGCUAUGGUAAAAGGGGUCAGAUGAAACCAUCUGUAGAUUCUUACUCAGAGGACGAUGAGAGCAAAUGUUGCGUGUAUAGAAAAUACCCUGCCGACCUUGCCCACAAGAUACACAAUGCAAAUCACAUGGAGGACGAUGACGGAGACCUGGACACCCCUAUUAAUUACAGUUUGAAAUAUUCAGAUGAACAGCUCAACUCGGGUCGGCAAAGUCCAAGCCAGAGUGAAAGGUGGGCAAGGCCCAAGCACCUUGAAGACGAACUGAAACGCUCAGAUCAGAAACCACCCAGGUCACAAAGCCCGGGAUACAUGUUCACGGAGGGCAGUAGUGAGGGAGAGGACAAAAUGAAAAAGUACCAGCCCCGGUUUGUACAGUCAGAUAUGUCCGGUGGAUUCAGGUCGAGGGGUCCCAACUGCACUGAGCAAAGUGGCAGUGGGUCCGUUCAUGGAAUGAAUAAAAAGAUUAACCAGUCUAUUUGCCACGUUGAUGAUUAUGGGGAUGAAAAACCAACCAACUAUGGUGAGCGAUAUUCAGAGGAGGAGCAACCCGAUGAUCAGCCAACCAAUUACAGCAUGAAGUACAAUGAGGACCAUCACGAAGAGCAGCCUAUCGAUUACAGUUUGAAGUACUCGGAGGCUUCCACUAAAAAGGGCAUGUUCAGCCACUCAAAGCCAACAUCUGCUCAGAGCUCAGUCAAGGACCACUUAAGCCAGGACAGUUCGUCCUCUGUGACAUCCAUUAAGAAUCAAGGCAGGGCAAAACCGCUCCACCCAUCUUCUGGCCAGUCCCGAUCUGGACCAACCAGAGUAAUCCAAAAGAACACAGCUUGCAAGACACCUGCCAUAAAUCAAGAAACACUACAGACCUAUUGUGUUGAGGACACACCCAUAUGUUUCUCACGGGGAAGCUCUCUGUCAUCCCUGUCAUCUGAAGAGGAUGAAAUGGAGGGGUGUAAACGUAACAUAAAUGCUACCAGUAAUUACCCUACUCUGCCUGUUGCCGACAAAGAACCCGCUGUUGCUUCAGAUCAGCGCACAACAGAAAGCCAGUCAUCUAUGCAAUAUGUCCGAAUGAAACCUCCUAGACAUCAAGGUUCUCAUGUAGGACAUGGUGAUGGAUCCAGACAACACAAGGCAGUGGAAUUUUCGUCCGGUGCUAAAUCACCAUCCAAAAGUGGUGCCCAGACACCCAAAAGCCCCCCUGAACAUUAUGUUCAAGAGACUCCCCUCAUGUUCAGCAGAUGCACGUCUGUUAGUUCUCUUGACAGCUUUGAGAGCCACUCCAUCGCAAGCUCUGUGCAGAGUGAGCCAUGCAGCGGGAUGGUCAGUGGAAUAAUCAGUCCCAGUGACCUUCCUGACAGUCCAGGUCAAACUAUGCCGCCAAGUCGAAGCAAGACGCCACCUCCUCCCCCUCCACACUCAACUGGUAUGAAGCAUAAAAUGAAAGUGCCCCCUCACACAGAUAAAAGGGAUAUAGCCCCUAGACAUGCAGCUGUAAAUGCAGCAGUGCAAAAAGUCCAAGUGCUCCCGGACAAUGACACGCUUUUACACUUUGCCACAGAGAGUACUCCAGAUGGCUUCUCUUGUGCCUCCAGCCUUAGUGCAUUAAGUCUAGACGAACCCUUUAUUCAGAAGGAUGUUGAGCUGAAGAUAAUGCCCCCAGUGCAUGAAGAUGACCAUGGUAAUGAGACAGAACCUGAGAAAGAUGAUGCCAAAGACCUAAAAAGUCAAGAAAAACCAACAACAAGUUGCGAAGUUGAAAAGGACAUUUUAGACGAUUCUGAUGAUGAUGAUAUUGAGAUACUGGAAGCCUGUAUAAACUCAGCCAUGCCAACCAAGUCGUCAAGAAAGCCCAAGAAGCAGUCGCCUUCUGCCACCUCUAGAAUACCCCCACCUGUCGCUCGAAAACCAAGCCAGCUUCCUGUUUACAAGCUACUUCCCUCACAAAACAGAGGACAGCAACAAAAGCAUGUGAACCUGUCUCAUGGAGAAGAUAUGCCUCGGGUAUAUUGUGUUGAGGGAACCCCCAUUAACUUCUCAACGGCCACAUCUCUCAGUGAUCUUACUAUUGAUUCACCUCCAAAUGAGCUGGCCAGUGCUGAAACCACAGCCCCCCAUGUUGAGCCUUCCAGUCAGAGACGAGAUACGAUGCCAGAGGGAAAAAGCGCAGAGAUCAAAGAUAUUGGUGCUACUCCUGCUGCUUCAAAUGAAAAUGAAGGAGAUGAUAUUCUUGCUGAGUGUAUCAAUUCUGCAAUGCCAAAAGGCAAAAUCCACAAGCCCUUCAGAGUACAGAAAAUGUCUGAUCAGCCACAACAUCCCUCUGCUGCUCCCAGCAGUUUAGUUCAACAGGACUUUGAAAAGAAGAAGCCAACUUCUCCAGUGAAGCCAAUGCCACAAAGCAGUGAGUAUAGAGCUCGAAUGCUUAAGCGGCCUGAGGCAACAAGCAGCUUUACUGACACCACUUCAUAUCCUGAUAAAAACAAGGAGACCAAAAAAAACGAACCCAAAGUUUUAGCUCCAAAGGAUGGUGCAGAUAAGCCUUCAAAUACAGAGGAAAGGGUACGUCCGGGUUUUGCUUUUGAUUCCCCGCACCAUUAUACGCCAAUUGAGGGCACCCCGUAUUGCUUCUCCCGCAACGAUUCUCUGAGUUCACUUGAUUUUGAAGAUGAUGACCUUGACUUGUCUAAGGAGAGGGCAGAGCUCAGAAAAGACAAGGAUCAGAGGAAAGUGCCAUCGAAGAACACUGGAGAUCCACCUGCAAACAAAAGUGGGGCGGCUGCUUUCCAAACGGCCCCAACUAAGCCUCUUCAGAAGCCAAUUGGUUUUGCACAAGGAUCCAAAGAAAAUGCUGGAGCGGUGCCUGAUGAGAAACAGAAAUUUUCAAUUGAGGACACACCUGUAUGUUUCUCAAGAAACUCGUCGCUUAGCUCACUGAGUGACAUAGACCAAGAAAACAACAACAAAGACCACCAACACAAAGAGGAUACAGCUCAGGUGGAAGUUUCCAGGCCUCAAGCAUCUGGUUAUGCACCAAAGGCUUUCCAUGUGGAAGACACACCUGUAUGUUUCUCCAGGAAUAGUUCUCUUAGCUCUCUUAGCAUUGAUUCAGAGGAUGACCUUCUGCAAGAGUGCAUUAGUUCUGCAAUGCCAAAAAAGAAAAAGCAACCGCCUAGAAACAAGGGUAAUGAUCAGGGAAUGAAGGAUGAAAAAAGCAUCUUGGCAGAUGGUAUUUUAGCAGAGCAACCAGAUCUCAUAUUAGAUCUUACAGAUACACACAGCCCCAUAUCUGAACAAGCCUUGUCCCCAGAUUCUGAAUCAUUCGACUGGAAAGCCAUCCAGGAAGGUGCCAACUCAAUUGUAAGCAGCUUGCACCAGGCAGCAGCCAGCCUCUCUAGACAAGGAUCUUCAGAUUCAGACUCAAUCCUUUCUCUCAAAUCUGGCAUCUCUAUUGGAUCCCCCUUCCAUCUACCCUCUAAUCAAGAUGAGACAAAGCCUGUUGCCAACAAAGGCCCAAGAAUAUUAAAACCUGGUGAAAAGAGUACUUUGGAGGCCAAAAAGAAAGAGGAGGAAGCUGCUAAAAGCCUUAAAGGGGGUAAAAAGGUUUACAAAAGCCUCAUUACGGGGAAGCCUCGACCCAGCCUUGACAGUGCAUCCUCUCAGCAGAGGCAAGGUCAAGUUUCCAUGAUAUCACGCGGAAGGACGAUGAUUCAUGUUCCUGGCGUGAGAAGCAGUUCUCCUAGUACCAGUCCAAUUCCAAAGAAACCCCUGCCUCGUGGCCAAGUCUCAAAACCGCCCUCACAAGGUCAGAGCUCAGGUAACUCACCCAGAGGCAUGAAAUCUCCCGCAAAACCUGACUCUGCGAGAGAACAGCCUCCUUCCCAAGGAGGCUCGAGUAAAGCCUCCUCUCGAUCAGGAUCCAGAGAUUCCACGCCCUCCAGACCAGCUCAGCAGUCUUUAAGCAGACCCAUGCAGUCUCCAGGUCGUACCUCCGUUUCCCCAGGAAGAAACGGGCUCAGUCCAUCCAAUAAAUUAUCCCAGUUACCCCGUACCGCUUCUCCCAGCACAGCCUCAACAAAGUCAUCUGGAUCUAGCAGAAUGUCUUAUACAUCUCCUGGAAGACAGUUAGGUCAGCAAACGCCUACAAAGCAAAGCGGCUUGCCAAGAAGCACCAGUGGAAUCCCUAGAAGUGAGUCUGCUUCAAAAAGUCUAAACCAGUGUGGAGUUGCAGCACCCUCAAAAAAGACAGAAUUGUCCAGGAUGUCAUCUACAAAAUCUAGUGGGAGUGAGUCUGACAGGUCAGAGAAACCAGGACUUGUUCGCCAGUCAACAUUCAUUAAAGAGGCCCCCAGCCCAACCCUUAAAAGGAAAUUAGAAGAAUCUGCCUCCUUUGAAUCUCUGUCUCCUUCUUCUCCUAGCCUAUCACAGUCACAGACACCGGUAUCAAGCCCAUCCUUACCAGAUAUGACACUCUCCUUGCCUUACCAAGGUAGUGGCUGGAAAAAGUCUACUCACUGUCAGAACUCCUCAGAAAACGGGGAUGGAAAAGCUCUUAGGCGACAUGACAUUUCCCGAUCUCAUUCAGAGAGCCCUUCCAGACUCCCGAUAAACAGAGCGGGAACAUGGAAGAGGGAGCACAGCAAACAUUCCUCUUCCCUCCCACGCGUUGGUACCUGGAAAAGAACGGGCAGUAGCUCCUCUAUUCUUUCUGCUUCCUCUGAAUCCAGUGAAAAGGGCAGGAGUGAGGAUGAGAGACAGCCAGCUAACCCAACCCAAAGGUGUGGACAGGGCAAGGAAGGCAACGCCUCGUUAAAAGGGACGUGGAGGAAGAUGAAAGAGAGCGAAAUGGGUCAUCCGACGACUUUAGAUAUUUCAGAUCCGGCCAAUGAAGCUGUCGGAGGCGGGCAUCAGGUUGGUGCUUCUAUGUCCAAGACUGAGGAUGUGUGGGUAAGGAUCGAGGACUGCCCCAUCAACAAUCCCAGGUCUGGGAAAUCGCCAACCGGAAGCACGCCUCCUGUCAUUGAUAGUUUACCGAGCAAAGCACACGCUUGUGACUGGGAACCAAGCGAUGCUCACAUGAAACAGCCAACAGCGAAUAACGAAAACGUGUCUGCGCGCAGGUUGGGUUCCGAAACCAAUCUGAAUUUGCUGAGAAGCAGCGAGAAUCUCGACAAGAAAGGGACAGAUAUAAAGCCUGCUCCGAGCAACCCCAAUAUCACCACUGAAGUUCUGGAAAUGGCAGUUGCGGAACGCACCCCUUUUAGUUCCACCAAUUCCAGCAAACAUAGUUCCCCUAGCGGCGCUGUGGCUGCAAGGGUCAGCCCGUUCAACUAUACGCCAAGCCCACGUAAGAGCAGCGCCGACAACACUACCCCAAGGCCUUCACAGAUCCCCACACCUGUGAGCAGUAAUGUAAAAAAGAAAGACUCUAAAGGAGACACUACAGAAAGUGGGUCCUACAUUGUCACCUCUGUUUGAGUUUGUUUUGAAUGGUGGUGACACUGGUGUCCAUUGGUGCUGGACCUCUAUCAGAAAUACAGACUGAUAUCACUUAAUCUAGUCUCAGUUAAAAACGAAAAACCAUAACAAACACAACUGUUGUAGAUCAUGCUGUAAUUUAAUGGACUAUCAUUGCUGGUUAGAACAUAGGCAAACACACAGCUAUCAGAGAAUGAAUGAGCUCUGCAAAGGACAUUGUAAUGCGAAUUUGUACUGUACAGAUUUUAAUUAUGUAUAUAUUUAAUUUAAACUCACAUUAAGAUCCUGUAUCUAUCUUCUCUGUCAAAGAUAAUCACUUAAAUUUGAAUAUUUGAAAUGUUGGAAGACUUCAGAUCAGAUGGACGUUCAGUACUAAUGGUUUUUGAUUUUUUUGAAUAACUGUAAACAUGCAUUUAUUCAAACGUUAAUCAUUUUUACAGCUGCAAAUGUAUAUUCCUUCCCUUGCAUGAUCUGACCCAGUUUUACGUCUCCUCCAAGUGAAUAUGAACAUUUCUGUGGUCACAUGACAUGUGUUGGUAGCUGUAGUGUAACCAUUUUACACUUUUGUGUGUGGUUUUGAAAGUAAGGAUUCAACCUUAACCUAGGAAUUAAAAAAAAAAAAACAUGGGACAUUAUAUGAGAAGUAGAUAGAUACAUUGCUCUGCUGUUUGCUGUAUAAUGUUACCAGAUGUCUGUUAAAUGAGACUUUUAUCUUGAAAGGACUGAAGUAAAGUUUCGAAAUUAAAUUAUUACUGUAGGUUUUUGGUGUUGGUAUCUUUUUGAAAAGUUCAUAUGAUGUUCCUUGUUAAUCACUGAAAGCACAUAAUCAGAUACAUAACGUGUCGUAUACCCGACUCACGCCUAACGCAACCCUGGGAAAGA